AGGGACGCGCCCUACAGCCUCCGGCCCCAGCCCCGUAGCGCACCUGACCCCCGCGGGCGGGGCGCUGCGCGGACGGGGCGGGGCGACAGCACUGACGUGGCCCGCGGCAUGGAGAGGGCGUGAUUCAUCAGCCGCCGCUCCGGGGCCGGAUGCUGGCAGGCGCAGCGGCCGCCCAGCUUUCUCAGGGCCAGGCAGCAGCGGCGGCGACAUCCCGGGUCGGGCCUCGCUCUCUCCUCUCGCUGUCGGCGGCCGAGCUCCUGCGUAGGUCAAGAUGGAAGAGAUCCUGAAGAAGCUGCAGAAGGAAGCGUCCGGGAGCAAGUACAAAGCCAUCAAAGAGAGCUGCACCUGGGCCCUGGAAACCCUGGGUAGCGUGGAUACCAUUGUCAAGGUUCCUCCACACUUGCUGAGGGAGAAAUGCCUGCUGCCUCUCCAGUUGGCUUUAGAAUCCAAGAAUGUGAAGCUGGCCCAACAUGCCUUGGCAGGGAUACAGAAGCUUCUGUCAGAAGAAAGGUUUGUAUCCAUGGAAACAGACUCUGAUGAGAAGCAGCUGCUGAAUCAGAUCCUGAACGCUGUGAAAGUGACGCCUUCCCUCAACGAAGAUUUGCAGGUGGAAGUGAUGAAGGUUUUACUCUGCAUAACCUACUCCCCAACAUUUGACCUGAACGGGAGUGCAGUGCUGAAGAUUGCGGAGGUGUGCAUUGAGACAUACAUAUGUAGCUGUCACCAGCGUAGUAUAAACACUGCUGUGCGGGCAACUCUCAGUCAGAUGCUGAGUGACUUGACUUUACAGUUACGUCAAAGGCAGGAGAAUACGAUAAUUGAAAACCCGGAUGUCCCACAGGAACUCAGGAAUCAAGGGUUGACAGUAGAGGCCCUCUGUGAUGACCUUGUCUCUGUGCUUACCGUUCUGUGUGAGAAACUACAAGCUACCAUCAAUGACAAUCAGCAGCUGCAGCUGCUGUACCUGGAGUGCAUUCUGUCCGUGCUCAGCAGUUCCUCCUCCUCCAUGCACCUGCACAGAGGCUUCACCGACCUGAUCUGGAAGAACCUUUGCCCUGCUCUCGUCGUAAUCCUGGGGAAUCCAAUUCUCGACAAAACCAUCACCUCUGCUCACAGCAGCAGCACAAGUACCAGCAUGGAGUCAGACUCUGUGUCUCCAGGAGUUUCUGACCACGGCCGGGGCUCGGGCUGUUCCUCCACGGCGCCAGCUCUGAGUGGGCCUGUGGCUCGGACUAUCUAUUACAUUGCAGCCGAGCUGGUCCGGCUAGUGGGGUCAGUGGACUCCAUGAAGCCCGUGCUCCAGUCCCUCUAUCACCGCAUGUUGCUCUAUCCACCACCCCAGCACCGAGUGGAAGCCAUCAAAGUCAUGAAAGAGCUACUUGGGAGCCCACAGCGUCUCUGCGAUUUGGCAGGACCCAGCUCCACUGAAUCCGAAUCCAGAAAAAGAUCUAUUUCAAAAAGAAAGUCUCAUCUGGAUCUUCUCAAACUCAUCAUGGAUGGCAUGACCGAAGCAUGCAUCAAGGGUGGCAUUGGAGCUUGCUAUGCUGCCGUGUCCUGCGUCUGCACCUUGCUCGGGGCCUUAGACGAGCUCAGCCAGGGCAAGGGCUUGAGUGAAAGUCAGGUGCAGCUACUGCUUCUGCGCCUUGAGGAGCUGAAGGAUGGGGCUGAGUCGAGCCGAGACUCCAUGGAGAUCAACGAGGCUGACUUCCGCUGGCAGCGGCGAGUCCUGUCCUCCGAACACACGCCGUGGGAGUCAGGGAACGAGAGGAGCCCUGACAUCAGCAUUAGUGUGACCACGGACACGGGCCAGACCACUUUGGAGGGAGAGUUGGGUCAGACUACACCUGAGGACCACGCCGAAAACCACAAGAAUGGCCUCAAAUCCCCCGCCAUCCAGGAGAGCAAGGAGAUGCUGCUGAGCAAAGUGUCAGAACCGGAAGCGGGGGACCAACCAGAUGUUGUUCAAAGAAGCCACACAGUUGCUUACCCUGAUAUAACUAACUUCCUGUCAGUGGACUGCAGGAUGAGGUCCUACGGAUCUAGAUACAGUGAGAGCAAUUUUAGCGUAGAAGACCAGGACCUUUCUAGGACGGAAUUUGAUUCCUGCGAUCAGUACUCAAUGGCAGCAGAAAAGGACUCGGGGAGGUCUGACGUGUCAGACAUUGGGUCGGACAACUGUUCCCUGGCUGAUGAAGAGCAAACCCCUCGGGAUUGCCUGGGCCACAGGUCCCUGCGAACUGCUGCUCUGUCCCUAAAACUAUUGAAGAACCAGGAAGCUGACCAGCACAGCGCCAGGCUGUUUGUGCAGUCCCUCGAGAGCCUCCUUCCUCACCUCCUGGCCCUGCCCAGUGUGGAGGAGGUGGACUUGGCCCUCCAGAACUUUGCGUCUACCUUCUGCUCAGGCAUGAUGCACUCGCCCGGAUUUGAUGGGAACAGCAGCCUCAGCCUACACAUGCUCAUGAACGCAGACAGCCUGUACACGGCCGCCCACUGUGCUCUUCUCCUCAACCUGAAGCUCUCCCAUGGCGACUACUACCGGAAGCGGCCCGCCCUGGCACCCGGCAUGCUGAAAGAGUUCAUGAAGCAGGUCCAGACCAGCGGGGUGCUCAUGGUCUUCUCCCAGGCCUGGAUCGAGGAACUCUACCAUCAGGUGCUUGACAGAAACAUGCUGGGAGAAGCUGGCUACUGGGGCAGCCCAGAGGACAACAGCCUCCCGCUCAUCACCAUGCUGACAGAUAUCGAUGGCUUGGAAAGCAGUGCAAUUGGGGGGCAGCUGAUGGCCUCUGCUUCUACAGAGUCUCCUUUCACCCAGGGUAGGAGAAUUGAUGACUCCACAGUGUCAGGUGUGGCAUUUGCUCGCUAUAUUCUGGUUGGCUGCUGGAAGAACUUGAUCGAUACCUUAUCAACCCCGCUGACGGGCCGAAUGGCAGGGAGCUCCAAAGGCCUGGCCUUCAUUCUGGGAGCUGAAGGCAUCAAAGAGCAGAACCAAAAAGAACGGGAUGCAAUCUGCAUGAGCCUCGAUGGGCUGCGCAAAGCGGCGCGGCUGAGCUGUGGUCUAGGAGUCGCGGCUAACUGCGCCUCGGCCCUUGCCCAAAUGGCCGCUGCCUCCUGUGUCCAGGAAGAAAAAGAGGACAAGGAAGUCCAAGAACCCGGUGAUGCCAUAGCACAAGUGAAACUAAAAGUGGAGCAGAAACUGGAGCAGAUCGGGAAGCUACAGGGGGUGUGGCUGCACACAGCCCACGUCUUGUGCAUGGAUGCCAUCCUCAGUGUGGGCCUGGAGAUGGGGAGCCACAACCCAGACUGCUGGCCACAUGUGUUCAGGGUAUGUGAGUACGUGGGCACAUUGGAGCACACCCACUUCAGCGAUGGCACCUCUCAGCCCCCGCUGACCAUCAGCCAGCCCCAGAAGGCAUCCGGAGGCUCUGGGCUCCUUGGGGACGUGGAGUGUGAGGGCUCGGCCCAGGAGCAGAGCCUGGAGCAGGAGAGCUCCCUGAGCACAGCCCCAGUCAUCCAGCCCCUCUCCAUCCAAGAACUGGUCCGGGAAGGCAGCCGAGGCCGGGCCUCCGACUUCCGCGGGGGCAGCCUCAUGACGGGGAGCAGUGCUGCCAAGGCCGUGCUCACACUCUCCACCCAGGCCGACAGGCUCUUUGAAGAUGCUACGGAUAAGUUGAACCUAAUGGCUUUGGGAGGUUUCCUUUAUCAGCUGAAGAAAGCAUCACAGUCCCAGCUUUUCCAUUCUGUUACGGACACAGUUGAUUAUUCUCUCGCAAUGCCAGGAGAAGUUAAAUCCACCCAUGACCGUAAAAGUGCCCUCCACCUGUUCCGGCUGGGGGAUGCCAUGCUGAGGAUCGUACGCAGCAAGUCGCGGCCCCUGCUCCACGUGAUGCGCUGCUGGAGCCUCGUGGCCCCGCACCUGGUGGAGGCUGCCUGCCAUAAGGAAAGACACGUGUCUCAGAAAGCUGUUUCCUUCAUCCAUGAUAUACUGACAGAGGUUCUCACCGACUGGAAUGAGCCACCACAUUUUCACUUUAAUGAAGCCCUCUUCCGACCUUUUGAGCGCAUUAUGCAACUGGAGUUGUGUGAUGAGGACGUCCAAGACCAGGUCGUCACAUCCAUUGGUGAGCUGGUUGAAGUGUGUUCCACCCAAAUCCAGUCGGGAUGGAGGCCCUUGUUCAGUGCCCUGGAAACAGUGCACAGCGGGAACAAGUCUGAGGUGAAGGAGUACCUAGUUGGUGAUUAUUCCAUGGGAAAAGGCCAAGCUCCAGUGUUUGAUGUUUUUGAAGCCUUUCUCAAUACUGACAACAUCCAGGUCUUUGCUAAUGCAGCCACCAGUUAUAUCAUGUGCCUUAUGAAGUUUGUCAAAGGACUAGGGGAGGUGGAUUGUAAAGAGAUCGGAGACUGUGUCCCAGGACCAGGAGCCACGUCCCCAGACCUGUGCCUCCCUGCCCUGGAUUACCUCAGGCGCUGUUCUCAGUUAUUGGCCAAAAUCUACAAAAUGCCCAUGAAGCCAAUAUUCCUUAGUGGGCGACUUGCUAGCUUGCCUCGAAGACUUCAGGAGCAGUCGGCAAGCAGUGAGGAUGGGAUUGAGUCGGUCCUGUCUGAUUUUGAUGAUGACACUGGUCUGAUAGAAGUCUGGAUCAUCCUACUGGAGCAGCUCACAGCAGCUGUGUCCAACUGUCCACGUCAGCACCAACCCCCUACCUUGGACUUACUCUUUGAGCUCCUGAGAGAUGUUACCAAAACACCUGGACCAGGGUUUGGCAUCUAUGCAGUUGUUCAUCUUCUUCUUCCUGUGAUGUCCCUUUGGCUCCGUCGUAGCCAUAAAGACCAUUCUUACUGGGAUGUGGCCUCUGCUAAUUUCAAGCAUGCCAUUGGUCUGUCCUGUGAGCUGGUGGUGGAGCACAUUCAAAGCUUUAUACACUCAGACAUCAGGUAUGAAAGCAUGAUCAACACCAUGCUAAAGGACCUCUUUGAGUUACUGGUCGCGUGUGUGGCCAAGCCCACAGAAACUAUCUCCAGAGUGGGCUGUUCCUGUAUUAGGUACGUCCUCGUGACAGCGGGCCCUGUGUUCACUGAAGAAAUGUGGAGGCUGGCCUGCUGCGCACUGCAGGAUGCAUUCUCCGCCACACUCAAGCCAGUGAAGGAUCUGCUGAACUGCUUCCACAGCAGCACCGAGGGCUUCAGUGGGGAAGGCUGCCAGGUGAGGGUGGCGGCCCCCUCCUCCUCCCCCAGUGCUGAGGCCGAGUACUGGCGCAUCCGAGCUAUGGCUCAGCAGGUGUUUAUGUUGGAUACCCAGUGCUCACCAAAGACUCCAAACAACUUUGAUCAUGCUCAGUCCUGUCAGCUCAUUAUUGAGCUGCCUCCUGAUGAGAAGCCGAAUGGACACACCAAGAAAAGUGUUUCUUUCAGGGAAAUUGUGGUGAGCUUACUAUCUCAUCAAGUGUUACUCCAGAACUUAUAUGAUAUCUUGUUAGAAGAGUUUGUCAAAGGCCCCUCUCCUGGAGAGGAGAAGACAAUCCAAGUGCCAGAAACCAAGCUGGCUGGUUUCCUCAGAUACAUCUCCAUGCAGAACCUGGCUGUCAUAUUUGACCUGCUGCUGGACUCAUACAGGACGGCCAGGGAGUUUGACACCAGCCCUGGGUUGAAGUGCUUGCUGAAGAAAGUGUCUGGCAUCGGAGGUGCUGCCAACCUCUACCGCCAGUCUGCAAUGAGUUUUAACAUCUAUUUCCACGCACUGGUCUGCGCUGUUCUGACCAAUCAAGAAACCAUCACUGCUGAGCAAGUGAAAAGAGUCCUUUUUGAGGAUGACGAGAGAAGCACAGAUUCGUCACAGCAGUGUUCAUCAGAAGACGAAGACAUUUUUGAGGAGACUGCCCAGGUGAGCCCCCCAAGAGGCAAGGAGAAGAGGCAGUGGAGGGCUCGGAUGCCCUCUCUAAGUGUACAGCCCGUUAGCAAUGCAGACUGGGUGUGGCUAGUCAAGAGGCUUCAUAAGCUGUGCAUGGAACUGUGCAAUAACUACAUCCAGAUGCACUUGGACCUGGAAAACAGUAUGGAGGAAGCACCCAUCUUCAAGAAUGACCCAUUCUUUAUCCUUCCCUCCUUCCAAUCAGAGUCAUCCACCCCAUCCACUGGGGGGUUCUCGGGGAAAGAUACACCUUCUGAGGAUGACCGCAGUCAGACACGGGAUCACAUAGGCGAGCCUCUGAGCCUGAGGGGCGGCAGUGGGGAUACGCUGCUGCUACCCCCGAGCCCCAAGGUGGAGAAGAAGGACCCCAGCCGGAAGAAAGAGUGGUGGGAAAAUGCGGGCAACAAAAUCUACACUAUGGCAGCUGACAAAACCAUUUCAAAGUUGAUGACUGAAUACAAAAAGAGGAAACAGCAGCAUAACUUGCCCACAUUCCCCAAAGAGGUAAAAGUCGAGAAGAAGGGAGAGCCACUGGGUCCAAGGGGCCAAGACUCCCCGCUGCUUCAGCGUCCCCAGCACUUGAUAGACCAAGGACAGAUGCGGCAUUCCUUUAGUGCGGGCCCUGAGCUGCUGAGACAGGAGAAGAGGCCCCGCUCAGGCUCCACCGGGAGCUCCCUGAGUGUCUCUGUGAGAGACGCCGAAGCACAGAUCCAGGCGUGGACCAACAUGGUGCUAACAGUUCUCAAUCAGAUUCAGAUCCUUCCAGACCCAACUUUCACAGCCCUCCAGCCAGCAGUGUUUCCAUGCAUCAGCCAGCUGACCUGUCACGUGACUGACAUCAGAGUUCGCCAGGCCGUGAGAGAGUGGCUCGGCAGAGUGGGCCGUGUCUAUGACAUCAUUGUGUAGAAGACUCACAUUGAAGAAAUUCAAUAGCGAGGGUUAGAGUAUGCCUGCCUUUCAAACUGGUAACAUUUUCCUCACCAACAGCCCCAUGGAAACUAGUGUCUCAGAGAACAAACGGCCGCUCCCUAACUAAUCUGCACUGGGGCCAUUCUGGAUACGAAGGUGGUAUCUAGAUAACACAAAUGAUACUCUGAUUUUGCACAUUGUUUCAGAAGAGUCUCCUUGACACAUUUCUAAAUCUUCAAGUUUAUUUCCCAGUGCUUUUGCCUGCAAAAUUAUUGCCAAAUGGGUCACUUUCAAGAACCACUCUUUGAAAACACUACAUUAAUCCUUUUGAUCCUUUUUUUUUUUUUUAAGUGCAAUUGCUAAGGAAAUACCUGCUGGUAAGUCAAGCUGAUACAUAAACACUCAAACAUCUAGUACCAAACAUUAUUCACUGAGAAAGAUUUAUAUCAUGAUUGUGCAUUUGGCAGGGAAGAAAACAGAAAGAUAAAUUCUUGGGUGUCAUAAUUAAGAAUGGGAUGAAUUUCUCUGUAAAAUAUUCCAGAACAUUUCAAAAUUGUCCUAAGUUGUCAAGAUUUUCUCGUUGGUACGCACCAACUUCUUCAUUUAAGGUACUUCAUUUAAGGUACUUCAUUUAAGGCUAAAGGAAGAAAAUGCUUUCCUGGCAGGGUUUUAACUGUAUGUCAUAGCAGCCUUUGACACACAGUACCCAGUGAUAUUUGAUGAUACAGAUAUUUCCAAGAGACAGAAGACUGACCAGCCACCCUGGCUGUCCCAUUAGUCUUGGCUUUUGCUCCCAAGGCAAAAAAGAAAAGGGAAAGAAAAAAUGGUGCCUUAGUUCCUUGUUGCACAGACAUUUCUAUACUCCACAGUUAUCUGAACAUAAGUUAUAAUAUUUGGUUUUUAAGGAAACAAAACAUAAAAUGCAACUUAUUUGAUAUGAACAGCCUUGGAGGAAAGGAACUCAAGAGUUCUCCAUUCAGAGAGCAGACUUCUCAGGGAAGGGAGCAAGAAGUGUGGGAUAGGGAGACAGCUGGAAGGGGUGGGAAAGGAGAUUAAGAUGAAAUGAUUUUAAAUAUUAAAAUAUUACACAACAACCAUAUGAAAUUAUCGUGUCAGUUAUACACGCUCCAGUCUCAGAAGAAAACUAAAAGAGAAGGGGCACAGAAUGAAAUCUCGGAAAUUAAGUUUUUCAAUUUAAAAUACUUCUUCUCUGGCAAGUAAAUUUACCUUAUGUCUGAAGUCUUUGUAUUCAGGCCAACAUUAAAAGUGGAUAUUUCUUUUCUAAAAUAUUACUAGAAAAUUAAUCUGGAAAUUUUAUAUACAGGAUAUUUCAUAUUUCUUAAAUUAUAAUAAUGAUUGAAACUCUUCAGUCAAGCCCACUCAUAUACAUCCUAGAAAGUGGAGUUAAUUGCUAAGAUGUACAUUAUAAUUUUUCCCAGCCCCUAAACAUGUGUUCAUAAUUAAGUAUGUCAUUCAUCCUUUAAAAAUAAAAUACCAGCUCUUCCAUACUGAAGUAAGGAUUUAAAACUGACAACUUUAUUCAUUGCUGGCGUUAGGAAAUUUUGUCUUCCUUGAGAAAUAUGUAAUCUGUCUACAAGGUUAAGAGGAAGACACAGCUCCCUGAUUUAUUUAGGCAGUCUCAAAGAAAGAACUUUAUUAUUCAGUAUGCCGCCUAGAGAUCACCACAGAAUUCAGAAGACAUUUUUUUAGUUCCAUGAAACACUCUCUUUGCCUUCAGUUUUUACUUAUUAGACAAUAAUUUGAGUUUAGAAACAGAUCAGCUAUCUUAACAAGCAAUGAAUUGUUUGGAUAGCAAUGAACUGUGCUCUGUAAUUUUGAAUUUUUAUAUUUUGUAAGUAGAAUUGAAAGUUGGGUACUGUUUUUCAUUGUUUUUGUUUUGUUUGUUUUUUUUAACAAAACAGUGCACCAUGGUUGUUCUGUUUCUUUUUUGUAGCUUAUCCUAGGUUCAGUUCUCUACUACAAAAAAAAAAAAAAAAAAAAAAAAAAGCUUCAGUGAAAUAGAGUAUCAAAUCAGAGUAAUCACAAAAUGUUUGUAUGUAGCAAUUUUUUUCUAAAGUAUAAAAAUUCAAAGGAGGCCAGUCUCAAUGUAUGAAUGUCAUAUCCCAGAGUAUAUUCAAUUAUUUAGAAAUCAGAGUUCAUUCUCCCCACACAUUCUCUAUUCUGGGAUCCAAGGCUAGUUUAUGAAAAUAAAUUUACCCCACAUUCUCUCCAAACACUGCUCUAGUACUAGUCUGAUUAUGGGUACCAAGAGUAAAAACAUGAAAGACUAUACAUAGCUCUUCACCUAUACUUUUGCAAGAGGGUUUUGGUCCCUUUCCAUCACCUUUUCUGUAGCCUACCUCAGGCUCACAUUGGUCUUCAGUCCACCUUCAUUUUCAAGGUACUCUGUGUUCCACAUCCAUGUCAGAUUUCAAUCAGAAAAUUAGUUAAGUCACAGUAAUAAUUCCCAGGGGUAUUUGUAGUUGUCAAAAAGUACAUUGCUUGAUGCAGAUAAUCUCUAACAAACAGGACUUCAGGUCACAGUGAACUUAGUCAAAUUCUCCCCAGUGAUGGAGAAGAAAGGGACACAAUUAGGAACCCUUAGAAGACAAGGGGUCCCUUCCCAGACUGCCCGGUCAGUCCCUUAUACUCUUCUUGGUGUCUCCAUUUCUGCCUUUCCCCAUCUCUUCCCUCACUCUCUCCCAAGGUCUCUGAAAGACCAAGGUCAAGACAGCCUUGGAAUAUAUAGUAAUAUAUUGGAAUAUAUACAAAUAUAUAGUAAUAACUAUAGUUAAAACAGUUAUUACUAUAUAUUUACAGAUCUGAGCAGCACAAGAUUUUGAAUGUUGCUUUCAGUUGCCUGUAUUUACUGUCAAAAAUGUGUUAAUGUAAGGUUGAGAUUUACUCUCUUUUUUUCUAAUAUUUUGAUGAAGUCGCAUCAUGAACACCUGGAAAACUCAAAGUGUAAAGUAACUGCUGACUGAACAGCUCAGCCAAGUAUACCACACUCUUCAUCAGAUUUCUUUUUGCCAUGAGGGCAUAGGUUUGAUGGAGGGCUAAUAGAUUGUUCAUUGGAUCUCUCCUAGCUCUUGCGUCUCCUGGUCAGCUUUUAAAGAUGCAUAGGCUGCCUUUUUAUACCAUCUUGUUCUUGCUCCCCUUAUGAUUAUUUUCUACCCUUCUCCAUUGACACAAUAUAGGUACCUUUUCCCAUUUUGAGGCCGUUUAAUGACUGGCUGAGGCUGACGUUAACAUACAUAACAGCUCAGAUUAAAAUAUUUUCAAUCAAAUAUGACAAAAUGAUAACAUAAUUUAAAAGCACCUUUAAAUGGAAACUUCUUUGUACAGUAUCAUCAGGCUUUUUGUCCUUGUUGUUUUCAGGAGCCGGCUUAGAGAGUCAGUUGAGAGAGUCAAAUAGCCUUAACUGUACGAAGGUAAUGCAAUUAUAUAAUAGAUAUCUUUGACUUCGCUCAAAUGCAUCACAACUCUGCUUACAUAGGAACGGUUUCUUUCAGAAAGGAAAAUCUAUUCACGUCAGUCCCUUCAAUGUAAACAGAAUGAAGACCUUUGGAGCUGAUGACAAUAACAGGAGGUUACAAACAGCAGGAAGGAGGUGACAUUUGUUGAGUGCCACUGUGAAUGUAGACCCUUACCUGCAUUAUCCUAUUUAAUUCUCACAAUAACCUUGUGAAACAGGUACUGUUUUCCUCAUUUUUUCAGAUGAGGACAGAGACCCAGAGAGGUUAAGAAAUGUGCCCAAGAUAACAGUAAAUGGCAAAGUUGGUUGCGGAAGAGGUGUCCCUGAAUUCAAAGGCCACACUCUGCUAUGCCAUGCUCUAAGUGCCCAGAGGAAACAGUUAAAAUGAGUUGAAAAUAUUUGAUUGAUGUCCCAGAUCUAUAAUGGUACGGGGAUAGUUCAAGUAGGUUAAAAAAAUAGUGUUUACACAUAGAUUACAUGUAACAUAAUAUUUUAAGAGUUUGAAAAUAAAGAAAACAAAAUCUAAACUUUAAUCUUAAAGCAGACCUUCAGUGGUAAUUAAGGAAAUUUGCCAAUUAGGUGGAUAUAAUGGAAUAAUAUCAUUCAUGGACAGCUGUUAUGCAAGAAAAACAUGACAGCCUGUGUCUAGAAUGACAUGCACAAAUAGUAAACCUUUUUCAAUUACAUUUAAUCACUCGGAAUAAAGUGCCCUGUAGCCAACAGUGCCUCUCCACUUGCUUCCCUGGAAGUAUACAGUACUAAAUUUGUAGGUCAACAUCAAAGUUUGGGAAUAUGCAAAAUAAAUGAUAACCAUUUUUCAAUUGCACACUGAAGAGGAAGUAUUGGUUAGACAAGAUUGUUUAAAGAUGCAGGAAGUGAGGGCAUCAGGUCAACAUCCAGAGUAACCAUGUCCCAUAAUACCUAAAUAUUCCUACUUACUUUGCAAAAAAAGGAAACAGACAUAAGGAAAAUCCAGAACUUACAUGUGCGUGGGUACCACUUAGGUGAUCCUAGUGAGAGACUUAGUGUGGCCUUAAAAAAAGGAAGAGACUAUUUUUAAGCACUUUUUAUUGGAAAUAUGAGCUUGUUAUUGGGCAAGAUUUAUGAAAUUGGUAAAGAAUUCUUGUAAUUAUGCCUCAUCAAAAAAAAAAUGUGUUUACCUCAUUCAUUAGUGGAGCGAUCUAGAAAACUGUUUGUCUGUCUUUUUGUGAGAUCUUCCUCUGCUUGUAUUGUAAUAUUUGUGUUUGAUGUAGACGUAACUAAUUAACUUAGUUUUGGACUAGAGCACCAUAUAGAUUUCCAAAACACAAUGAUUACAUCAGGGAAGACGGACCAAAAAAUAUAUACAUACCAUCUCCUGGAUAGUUUAAGGGAAACUCAGUUGAGAACAAUGCUCAGUUUCCUUAUAAACAGUGACACCACUUAUUAUUAACUGAAGAAAACCCACUACCACACCACUAGCACCAUACAAAACAAUUUUCCUCUCUUUGUGUAAUCAUGCAAGGGGUUUCCAGGAAGGAGAGGCUGGCUGACCAUCUUUGUGACAAAACUCAGUCAACAGUUGGUGAAUCCCAUUCAGUUAUGGUCCUUCCAGUCUGUUCAACCACCAGGAAUUGUUUGUACGGUUCUUUCCUCUCCUGAAGGUUUAAGCAGUAGUUGUCUAGUAUCUUCUGACUUUAGAAUAGUGGUUCUCAAACGUUAGCACAUAUCAGAAUCACGUCAAGGGCUGGUUAAAACACAGAUUGCCAGGCCUAGAGUUUCUCAUGCAGUAAGUGUGGAAAUUUGCACUGCUCACUAGUUCCUAGGCAAGGCCAAGGCUGCUGGUUUUGGGACCACACCUUGAGAACCACGACCUUGAAAAAAUUUCCAUCUACUACCUUUACGAUCAGCCUGACUUAUCAAGCACUAGAGAAAAACUGAACUUAACCUUGGACAGACAACUUGGGAUUGGAUUCUCUACAGCAUUCCUGCUCAACCUUCCCUGUUUCCAGGUUUAUUAUACCAACAAUUGUUUUUUUACAAGCUAGAAGACAAUGAAUGUAUAAGGUCUAUGGAACAGUGAGAUCAGUGUAAGCUUCUCUUGUCUUUGUAUUUAGAACCAUUGAUUCUGUGGAUGAUCAUUUGUAUCACGUUGGCCCUUUGACUUGUACUGAGGUGAUUUUAAAGUAUGUGGUGUUUGUGUUUCUUCAGUCCAUACGGUUUUAAUGAGAUGUUGCCAUGUUGACUGCAUUACAACCUUGGCUCCUGGCUUCCAGAGGUUUUUAAGUAGUUGCUUGCCUGCCAGUAGUUUUAGAUCUCUCAUUAGUCACCAAAAUAUCAGCAUGUCAAGUUGUACUACUUGAUGUGCCUUCUUUCACUUAACUGUCUUUUGUAAAUUAAUAUUUUAAUUUCCUGUAUACCUGCAAAGAGUUUACCAAAUGGCUUCAUGGAAAUUUGCAAAUGGGACCAACUCCCUUUUGAGCAGUAUAUGUGUCUGUUUUAGAGACUUUCAGUAAAUAUGUUGUGUUUGUGCUCAUAUCUGCACAAUAAAUACUGUAUUCAUUAUCUCAUCUUCCAAAUGAUGGGAGAAAUGUAAAAGUAAAUCAAUAUGCAUUGGGAAUACAGUGAAAUCAUGUUAACCCAAAUAUAAGUGGGGCCUUAGUUUAUUUCAUAAGUCUUUAUUCAAUUAACUAGCUUUAGAAAUUCUUUUUCCAUGAAAAAAAAUAGGGAACAUAGAAGAAAUAAUUCAAGAGAAAAAAAUUAAAUAUCUUAAAAAUCAUCACCCAUGUAUAAACUAUAUUAAUUACACAUAAUUCUUCUUGAUUUAAUAAAGUUUCCCUAAAUACUUCUUAAAUACCCUGACAUCAUUUAAAUUACUUUUGUGAAUAGAAAGUAAUGACUAUAUUUCCUAGAAUUGGUGAGAUGAGAAAGCAUAUCAAAGUGUGUUCAUGAUAUCAAGGAUUCAAGUCCUUGCCUCUGUGGAUGGAAAUAAUUUAAGUUUUUUGUUUUGUUUUUUCAAAUUUCACUUUUGUUUUCCAUAAUCUCAUGUUUUUAAUUAUGUAUGCAUUUAGUUCUUUUAAUAAUAAUUUAUUUUUAAAUUAAAUUUAAAAAGUUAAUCUCUAGGAAUAGUUUAAGUUUAUUUUACCAACCGGUGCCAAAAAGGGGAGGAGGGAAUCUAAAAGCCAAUCUUUUGAACGACCAUACAAAAUAUUAUGUUUUCUCUGAAAGGUAGGGAAUCUCGAGCCCCUGACUCUACCAGCCACCGUGGUCAUCCAUGGCUACCUCAUGAUAUGUGCAAGCUACUUGGUAUUCCUCCCUCUGCUGUUCUUUCUUCUGAUUUUGUUGGAAGUGGUUCUCUCUAAUACAAAUCAAUAGGCAAAACUGGACAAAGAUUAAUGCUUUUGAUAUUUUGGUUUCACUUCAUUUGUAACCAUGUGGUAGAAUGUACGGGUAUGGCGUGAGAGGGGCAGGUAGAGGUGCCUAGAGGGAAAGGCUGAUUUUGUUUGUUUUUGUUUCUUGAUUUGUUUUUGGUGGAUGGGUGGGGGGCGGGAAAGGAGCUAAGAAUUAAAAGUUUAUUGCCCUAAUCAUGCCAAAAUACUAUUAUUCAAAAUUACUUUUCCGCUUUUCUAAGAGGAAUGAACUUCAAUCACUUACAUUAUAAACAGUUCCCCUACUACCUUCUCCCCACUCUAAAUAAAGCCAAUGGGUGGUAAGGGUCCUUUUAUCCUUUCUCGUAUUUUGCCAAAGAAUAGACUUGUUUCAUUGAAAAUUAUAAAUAAAUGAAGUUUGGUAUAGCCGUAGUGAUUUGAGUCAGUAUACCAUUUUAUCUACAAAAUGCAAAAUCCAUAAUCGCAACCCCCUUCACCAGGAGCCUUGAAGCAUUUUGUUUACUCCAAAUGACUUGUUAAAGAAGUACAGUUUUUGUUUUGCCUUUUUAGUCAGGUUGGUCACAUUUAUUAAAGAAAAAAAAAAGAGCUGAAAACUACCCUCCUUUAUAUGUUGAUAUAACUGAUUUGAUAUAAUCUGUUUGUUGUUUAACGGGUUGCUGUAAGCAAGCUUGCCAGUGUAUUUUGUGUACAUUUUAUCUGAGGUGAAAAUGGAAAUUCUAAAGAGAAAAUAUUUUAAAAGAUAUCGUAUUUAUGUUGCUUGUGUUGUAGAAUAAAGAU